AUGGUACCGGCCACCAGGCAAAUGUCUAGCGGAGCUGCUUACUCGCAUUUUUUGGAUAAUGUAUUUUCACUUCCUCAAGGGCACCCAAUCCGACUUAGUUUCGAACAACAAGGGUAUAAUUCUGUUGAUGAUCUCCUCAGUAUUUUUUUGAAUGAACUAGAUGCCCUUGGAUACGUGCCUUCAGCAAUCGACGAAAUCAAGCAAGGAGUCAAGCGUGACAAGACACACUAUCCCAUCCUUAAGGACGACCGAUACUGGGACAAUUUCUACCGGUCUUUCGUGGUCACCGCAGUAUCCCAUAACGUCGAAAAGGUACUUGACCCAUCGUAUGCACCGACAGACGCCUCAGAGAAGUCUCUCUUUGAGGAACAGAAGAAAUUUGUGUACUCUGCUUUGGAACAUACACUUCAGACUGAUAUGGGGAAAAACCUUGUUCGCGAACAUAGUUUUGACUUCAAUGCUCAAGAAGUUUUCCGUAAGGUUGUCAAGCACUACACAGAGUCUGCCAGUGCCAAGAGUGGGUCCUCCAACACUUUGGCCUACCUCACUACGGCAAAAUAUGGCACAUCCUGGACAGGAACGGCGGUAGGGUUCAUCCUUUUCUGGAAGAACCAUCUUUGCAUCUACAAUGAUAUGGUCCCUAUGGCAGAGCAGUUGCCUAAACAGCUUUGCCUCAGUUUGCUUGAAAACGCUGUACACGACAUCCCUGAACUCCGCCAGGUCAAGAUCACCGCUACUUUAGACUUAGCUAAAGGAGGCACUCCUCUCAACUACAAAGGGAACAACCUUUCCAAUUCUCGUAGUGUCAAGAGCAAGCGUAGCGCCUUUCUGACCGACCUCUCGUAUGAUCAACCGGACUUCACCGAAGACAAAGGAAUUGACUAUGAUAUUGAUCUCUCUCUUGCAGUGAUCUAUGAGGCCAACGCUCACAACCGCAAAGUCAGUCCAUCUGGCCACCGUAAUCGCGAUCCGGCAACCAAUCAAGAGCGUCCGUAUAUCCCUUGCGAGAUGUGGAAUCAGCUUUCAGUUGAUGCCAAAGCCAUUCUCCAAGGCCUGCCCGCACCCGACAAGGGCCCUACUCGAUCCGGCAAUGUCUCGCAACGUGCGUUGGAAGCGAAUACCCACGCCAAGAUAUCGAACGAUAAUGGCGAGUUCAACCGUAGCGAACCAGACAACCAGCAAGCUGAAGCAUUCCAUGACUGUGAUCAAACGACGGAGCUCUUUGCACACUUGACUGACCGUGUGAGUCACAUGGGAGACGGCGAUAUCCGAAAAGUUCUUGCUGCAUCCCGCCGUGCCAACGGUGGACUUGCUGGCAAAGUUGUGAACAAAACAGGACGGUCUGCUAGUAUAACGGGUAUCAACGAGCAUACCCUGUCAGAUUUGGAUAUUGUCACUGCCGCUGGGUUUGUCGAGUCUCACAAAGGCCCUAUCAUUGUGAUUAUGCACCAAUACGCCUAUCUUGGCAAGGGAAAGACAAUCCACUCCAGUGCCCAACUUGAGCAUUACCGAAACAAAGUCGAAGACCGGUCUCGCAAUGUUGGAGGACAACAGCGGAUUGUUACCUUGGAUGAUUAUAUCACUCCUCUUCAAUAUAGCGAGUUCGAAUCUCUUCCGCAUGUUGUGUUGACUUCCAAUAUUGACUGGGACCCUUCUAUUCUAGACAAUGAAGUUGACAUGGUGAACAACUGGUAUGAUGCAAUGCAAGAUCUUCCUGGCAAUACCUAUGUUGAACCACGCUUUGACAACACAGGCCAAUACCUCCACCGCCAUUGCGUACUACAAUCUCGAUGGCGAGGACGCUAUUGA